AUGGCGUUACUCUGUUUGUUCUUCCCGAGCUGCACUGAGUUUGUGUGUCUGAAAAAGUUUGAAUCGGAACUACAUGCUCUGAUUGGAGGAUUUGUGCGGUGGGUUUCCGGUCUGGCGCCGCCUCCCCCUGGGGCCGGCGUGCGCUCCCAGCAGCCCCCCUCCCCCUCACUGCUCAGCAGAGCCCAUGCACAAGGAGGCGUGGCGCGAGUGUCAGGAGCCAUGUGCCUCCCUCACUGCCACAACAUGGACCAAUCCAAACUGCCGGGAGGGUCUGUGGGCGGGGCUCAGAGAGGGGGCGUGUCUCUGGAGCCAUUCAUUCAUCAGGCAGGCGAAAACCCGCGGUCGCUGCAGCACUUGUGUCGCCUGAGAAUCCGCCGUUGCCUGGGGCGGCUGCGGCUGCGGUCCGCCACCUUCAUGAGUUUCCUGCCGCUGCCACAGAGACUGAAACACUACAUCCUGUUCAGAGAGUACGAGCUGUACAAGGGCCCGGACUAA